GACUCCACAAAAUCAAUAUAGAAAAUAAUUCUUCUUCAUGGUAUCAGAGCCUCUUUCCUAAACCCUAAAUUUUUUUUUUCCCUCCUUCUCUCUCGUGCGUUGCUUUCCGCCGCACCACCAACCCUAACGCCGCCAGCAAUAAUUCUUCUGCCUCUAGCGCCGGCGUGUCCUCUCCCUAUCAAGCGCGCAUCCACCAGCGCCCUUCUCUCCCCUGUGCCGCCUCUCCACAGCAGCUGCCCUCCCAGCGUCCAUCUCCAGUCGCCGCCAUGUCCGAGAAAGAAGCAGGCUCCGGCAAACUUCCCUCCUCCGCCUCCACUCCUCAUUUGGCAUUCACAACAAUUUCUAACGUCAAGCUUCAUGUCCCGGUGCUUUUGAGUUUCACGGAACCGAACUACAAAAAGUGGAGUCGCCUAUUUCUCCUCUUGGUAUGUCGCUUCUCUCUCUGCGACUUCCUCACCGGAAAAUCAGCCCCGUCCGGUGCCGACGAUGCUGAUUGGUAUCAACUUGACGCACUCCUCCAAGGAUGGAUCCUCUCUACUAUCAACGAUGAAGUCUCCGAUCUCGUGAUCUCCUCCACCGACUCCGCCGCGGAACUUUGGCGAUCCAUUCACUCCCUUUUCCAUGAUAACAAACCCGCCCGAGCCAUGCAGUUGGAACAUCAAUUUCGGACUACGAGGAAAGGUUCGCUGUCCAUCUCGGCCUAUUGUCAAACUCUCAAGAACAUAGCCGAUUGGUUGGACGACGUAGAUGCCCCCGUCUCGGAACAACAACUUGUGUUACAAGUACUUCGGGGGCUGCCGGAUGACAUGCGGGGCCAAACAUCUUUCCUGCAGUUUCAAACCCCGCCACCGACGUUUCUUCAAACCCGCUCGGCCCUCCUUCUUUUGGAACGCCAAGGAGCAGACCUGGAUGCCGAUCCUCCCACCGGCACGGCCCUUCUCUCGGCCAGCAACCAUGGUGCCAUCCACCACAAUUCCGCUGGCGGAGGUCGCGGGUCCCACAGCAGCAGCAGCAGUCACGGGCUACCUUCUCUCCUCUUCUCCGAUUUCAGGCACAGUUUCGGCAUUCGCCCUUCGCCAGUCACGUAGUUGGCAGCAUGUUAAAUAUAUUGUAUAUUUAAUAUCUUUACAUAUAUUUGGUAGUUUCCUUUGUAUAGGGUUUCCUUGUUUAUAAUCCUACCAUAGUUAGGAGACUUAUGUUUUGUAUAUAUACGGGGCUUGACUCCACAAAAUCAAUAUAGAAAAUAAUU